AUGAAAGUGGAAAGAAGUGAUGGAUAUGUGGCAGUUGUUACUGGAGGAAGUGAAGGCAUUGGAAUGGAGGUCUCCAAGCUUCUCAUGAAAACUGGUUAUCAUGUUGUUGUUGGUUGCUUGAACCCUCAAGUUGCAAGCAGAAACCUGAUCGCAUGGAAAAAUGAGACUCUUCCACCAGGUUCUGUUACAUGCUUAUAUUUGGACUUGGCUUCUUUUGGAUCAGUGCGUCAGUUUGCAGAUACCUUCUUCAGCCUGAGGCUUCCUCUUCAUCUCCUCAUCAACAAUGGUACCCAGUGUACAGCUGGGAUUAUGAUGUGCCCGAAGACUAAAACAACAGAUGGAUUGGAAAGUCAUUUCCAGGUGAACUACCUCAGUCAUUUCCUCCUCACUCUCAAGUUGCUUCCUAUCCUCAAGAAAACUGGGAAGAAUGAUCAUCCUUCAAGGAUCAUCAAUAGGCCAGAACAUUGUGCCCUUGAUGUCCUGGAGCCUGCAUUAAACCCAAGUCUGAAGGCAGGAGGUGGAAGAUACUUGGAAGAGGGGGAGGUGGUCACUCCUAAGGCCAUUGCAUGUGACACUUCCAUUCAAAGGGAACUGUGGAACAUCUCAUAUCCAGAUCCAGGCUCAUCACCACAGAUUCAACAGGCUAGUCAAUGGAGGGCAAAAAAGUACUUCAAAGAUAUCACCCAUAACCAAGCCUACUGUGUGAAAACGAUAGCUGUCCUGUGUAACUGGCAGCUGGAUGACUUGAAGAUGGAUGAGGAUGGAAGUUCAAACUUCUUUGAGAAGAGGAAUAGAUUGCUGCAACAGCUGUUGGCAUCAGAAGAGAAGCUUAGGGAACUGAGAAGUCAGCAGUCUGUUUUGGAGAAUCUGAGGAGGGAGGCUGAACAGACCCUUAGGAAUAGUCAAGCCAUGGGUCCACUUAAGACCCCAUCCAUGCAGCCAUCAACUCAACAUUCAAUGCAAACCUCAUCUCUUGUAUUGAAUGGAGGAGAGGAUGAAGAUCUUCGGCAACAAGUUGCUAAUCUUCAAGAGCGUCUGCGAUCUCUGUCUGAAAUUACAGCUUGCUCAGAGAGAGCUAAUUGGAAUGAUGAUACUGGGGAGACGUUGGAGGUUCAGCGAAAGUAUCAGGAACUGGUACGGAAGAAGGAAUACAUUGAUGGCAUAGGACAGGGCAUGGGCCAUGCUGUUCCCGAAGAAGAUCGUGACCGAGUGCUGCAGCGACAACAGGUGCACACCAACAUGCAUGCCAUGUAUUAUCCUGUAGGAGCUGAUGCAGGUGCAUCUGGGGUACGAAUGAAGAAUCUGGCUGGACCCAUUCAGGAAAAGAGGAGAGUGGAAACUUCUCGAAGUGGAGCCGGAGAAGAUGUUCCCGAUGAUCAGGAAGUGGAUGAUGAAUCUCUAUAUUACCAGAAAUUGCAAGAGUUGGAAGAAGCCAAGAGUAGACUGCGAGAGCUACAUAGUCUUCUUCAGCGUCAUGAGCAACUUGCACCACAUAGGGGCCUUGUAGAAGGGGCAGAAAAUCCCACUCCUCCCCCAAUGUCAGUGCCCCAGUCACAGACACCUGAGUUACAGCUCUCCAUGUGCAAGGGACAUGGGAAGGGAGUUGAAGGGAUGAAAUUUGGGAAUACAGGAAAACCGAAGAAUCUGGAAUCCUCUUCACCUCGGACUCCACACAAGCCUUCAAAUGUCAUGGUUGAACAACAACAGCAACAACUUCAGCAGCAACCAAGCACAAGUUUCAAUGUGAAUCAUGAAGGUGGGGGAAAUGCACGAAGAAUGGAAGAUAUUGGUGCCUCUCAUCCUGCUCCUGUUCCUUUUAUCCCACAUACCUCUCCUCUCUCCACCUUUCAGUUGGAGAGAGACCAAUGUGUAGGAGAGGAGCCUAUGCUGAACAAUCGUGUAGAACCUAGCUGGAGGGCAAACAACUACUAUGAUAAUCUUCGUAGUACUUCCUUCCAGAAUGCUUUGAGUCGAGAGCCAGAAAUGUUGCAUAGAGAUGCAAAGCGAGUUUCCCUUGCUCCACAGCCACCUUCAAUGAGGCGUCAACUGCAUCUCUGCAAGGAUAAUCUUCAUCCCUCUGAAUCUAAUUGCCCAACUCAUAAGGAAGGGGAAGGAAGGAUGGGAGCUGUUGGAGGAAAUGCAAGGGAUGCCUUGGAGGCUGAAUUACGGGCCCUUCUGAAUGACAGUGCAGGUCAAGAAGAUGUUUUUUUGGGAUUUGUGCAGUCCCUUAGACAGCUGAGAAUGGAAUUCAGCAAUGGAGGUGCUACAGCACCUCGCAAUAUUGACUCCCAAUUAGAGGAUAAACCCUCUCUCAUGAAUAGUGGAGCUAGGCCCAAGAACUCUCCAUCUCGAAACUUUAAAGACAAUGCUAGCCAUCCUCAGAGCAAGCGAGGAUCUGAUGGAAAUUCUCCUGGAGCAGCAGCAGCUGCUGCUGCUGCUGCUGCUGCUUCUGCUUCUGCUAGUAUCCUUGUUUCAGAGAAGUCUGAUAAAGGUGAGAGAAAGUUGGGGAGUCUGAUGGAAUUCUUGGCCAGAAAUCGGGAGCAAAGGGUAGAAGCAGUGAUUCACCACAUGGAAGAAAUUCUAGGUGCACAUGGCCUCCUCCAGCAGGCACUCAGUCAACUUACAUCCAUGAGAGUGGGAGAUGUUGAAGAGGAGCUGAUACAAGUGUCUGUGAAAGUGUUGAGUCAUGCAGAAAGAAGCAGCCACAAGAUGUUUCACUUCCAAAACAGUUCCUCCUCUGGACAUCAUAAUCCCAAAGUCAACUUCAUGAAACACCUCCAGAAGGAAUAUGAAACACAGGGCUCAAUGGAGGAAGACGAUGAAGAUGGCAGUGAGAGAAAAUCUACUACACGUGUACGCCUACCUGGUUCUAUGGGCCAGUCAUCUUCACUCCUCAAUUGUGAAUCCCCUGGUCCUUCCACUGGAAUAGGUCGCUAUGGGCUUGAAAAUGCCUCAACUGUGUCAAUAGCUGGUAGCAUGAGUAGCAAUAGACCUCGUUCACCCAUCAGUUCAAUGGGUGGAGAAGAAGGAAUGUCCGUGACUGGGAAUCAGAGUGAGGCCCCAUCAUCCUCAGUGGCUGUGAAUCACUUGGAUGCCCGUAAUAGUCGGAGCCUGCCCCGAAAUCAGUGCCUCCUGCAAGGCAGAGUUAUCAAACUCCGAAGGACGACCGGUGCGUGGCUGGUCUUCCAGGCUUUCAUUUCCUUUCUGGAAGCGACUGUACCAAUCAUAGGCAGUGCUCUUGGACACAGUGUCCGGGCCAAACGCGGUAUUGAUGUCAGCGAUGGAAUUGGCUGCCUUCUUCUCGAUUCAGAAGUCAUAAAGAAGAAGCAGGCGAACUUGCUCCUUAGUAAGAGGUUGGGAAGUGGAGGUGUUUGUGACACAGCUACACCUUCCGAGGGAAAUGAGACUCAAGAACUGGCUGAAGCUGAUCAGUCUCAAGGGUCAGCCACAGAAGGUGUUGAAGAAGAAGAUUCUGUCAGUGAGGGUGCAGCUUGUCAGACAGAAAAUGCCUUGCCUGUCAUGGUUGGGCAGCUGCCAGAUGAUUUCUUAUGUGUUGCUCCAACACCACAGCAGCAAAUAGCUUCCAUUGAUCAUGAAACGGCAGCUGCACUGGCAUAUCAGAAUUUCCAAAAUCCAUCUGGAAGUGGACCUGUCUCAGGAGGCUACCUCUCUGUCACCAUUGUUAUGGCUCAACUUGUGAAGAAUUAUGGUAUGACACGAAUGGAUCCUUAUGCCAGACUGAGGGUUGGCCACACUGUCUUUGAGACUCAUACUGAUGCCAAUGGAGCACGAACUCCUCGGUGGAACAAACCAGGAGGAAUGGCAAGGCAGUAUUACAUGAUGCCAUAUGGAUAUCCAUCAAUUGGUUUUGGAAUGUCAGCUCCAAUGGGGGCUCCUCUUCCCGUGACUGUGAGCCCACAGGCUCCUCCUGUACCUGUUGGCCAAGAUGCCCUUACACAUACUCCAACCUCCUCCCAACAAAGGCCCAGACCAACUCUGUCUGAAAAAGAGCUUGAAGAGAUGAAGGAGAUGUUCCCUGGAAUCGAGGAAGAUGUGAUCAAGACAGUGUUUGAUGCCAACCAAGGAAACAAAGAUUCCACUCAUCCUGAUAUUUCUGGAAUCCCUAUGAUUGACUGGCAUAAUUAUACCCAGAUUAGCAUGGAAGAGGCAAUGACAGGGCCUGGUGAACAUGGCAUAAAGCUGCACACAAAUGAAGGAAUUCAGGAAGUGGAUGAACUUUAUAAGGUCAAUGGCUUCAAUGGAUAUGCAUCUGAUAUGAUAGCCCUGAACAGAUCUCUACCUGACAUCAGGCAUCCAAAAUGCAAAGAGAAGAAAUACCUAAAGGAGCUGCCAAAUGUCUCUGUGAUUGUCCCAUUCCACAAUGAGCAUUGGUCAACACUCCUGAGGACUGCAGCAAGUGUCCUCAAUCGAUCCCCACCCAACAUGGUCAAAGAGGUGAUUCUGGUUGAUGAUGCCUCCACUAAGGAUUUCCUGAAAGAGAAACUGGACAAAUAUGUAAAAGAACACAUGCCCAGAGUGCGUGUUGUUCAUUUGCCAACACGAUCUGGGCUAAUUCUAGCUCGCUUGGCUGGAGCUCAUGAGGCAACAGGGAACAUAUUGAUCUUUCUUGAUUCUCAUUGUGAAGCAACUACAAACUGGCUCCCUCCUCUUCUUGGUAUGACUUUCAAUGCUGAAGUGCACUUAGAACAAAUCAUCCUGAAGGAAAUAGUCUCAUGGUCUCAUCUCCUCUCCUUGUCUCCAGAUCCUAUAGCCCGUGAUAAGAGGACAGUGGUCUGUCCCUUCAUUGAUGUCAUUGAUUAUCAUACAUUUGAAUAUCGAGCUCAAGAUGAAGGAGCAAGAGGGUCCUUUGAUUGGGAAUUUUUCUACAAACGUCUUCCUCUCCUUCCAGAGGAUGUGCAGAAUAUGCCUGAACCAUUCAAGAGCCCCAUCAUGGCAGGUGGGUUAUUUGCCAUCUCUUCAGAUUUCUUCUGGGAACUUGGAGGAUAUGAUGAAGGGCUCCAAAUUUGGGGAGGAGAGCAGUAUGAGCUCUCUUUCAAGAUUUGGCAAUGUGGUGGCCAGAUGCUAGAUGCUCCUUGCUCUCGUAUUGGACACAUCUACCGAAAGUAUGCCCCCUUUCCAAACCCAGGGAUAGGGGACUUUGUUGGACGGAAUUACCGUCGUGUGGCGACUGUAUGGAUGGAUGAGUAUGCAGAAUACUUAUACAUGAGGCGCCCUCAUUAUAAAAAAAUUGACCCUGGAGACCUCACCAAGCAAAAGGCUAUUCGUGAGACACUCAAUUGCAAACCCUUCAGGUGGUUCAUGAAGAAUGUAGCUUUUGAUCAGAUGCUCACAUACCCACCUAUUGAACCACCUGACUUUGCCUCUGGAGAGAUACGCAGCCUGGCUGACUCAAGCUUGUGUGUAGAUUCCAAUUUCAAGGGACAGAAUGAAAGGAUUGGAUUAGAAAAAUGCAAGAAGGAAAACCCACACAUCAAGGGGGAGCAGGAAUUCCAUUUAACAUGGCACAAGGACAUCAGACCAAAAUCUAGAACUUUUUGCUUGGAUGUCUCUACCCAUGACUCCAGAGCUCCUAUUCUCAUGUACCCUUGUCAUGGACAUGGUGGAAACCAGCUCUGGCAGUAUGAUGGAGAGAAUAAGUGGCUCAUUCAUGGAGGGAAUCCCCGGUGCCUUGAUCACAAUCCAAGCAAUCAGGAGCUAUUUGUUGCAGCAUGUGAUAAGGGUUCCCUCACACAGAGAUGGAAGGUGGAACAUGUGAAUUUUGAUGUAAUUGAGAAGUACUGGAAAGACCCAUUGGCUGCAAUCACUCUUCCUUGAUAUCUUCAACUGUGAUAAUGAGCAAUCAUAUAAUAUGGGACUUGAUUGUGUCAAGUAUUGAUUUAGGCCUGUGCCAUUCCAAUUCACUGUGAUCUUGAUGCGUUUUCAUUUUUUCCCCAUGCACUACUGACAGUGAUGAUUUCAUUAUUGAUUUGGUUAGGUUUUCUUGCAUAAAAAGUAAUUUUCUCUUCCUC